AUGAGGGUGCCCGUCAUUGUCAAUCUUCUAAUACUUGCUGUCACGGCAGGAUGUCCACGAGAUUGGACACCGAUUAAUGACAAGACAUGCUUGUAUUUUGGAGGAGCCCAAGUUUCGUUCCCACAAGUGAAAGUUGCUUGUCACACGGUUGGCGGGAUUCCAGUGAAGAUCACUGAUACCUUCAUCAACAACCUUGUGCUACAGCAAGCGCAAAAUGCCAAUCUCACCCAGGCCUACAUCGGUGUCGAACAGCUGUUUGACCUACGCUAUUGGGUCUACGCCGAUGAGAUGCAAUCCAAUCUGACGUACGUGAAGUGGGGCUCAGGGGAACCUAACAACGACCUCUACUGCGCCACCAUUGACGUCCAGAAUGGAGGCGUGUGGAAGGCACACAACUGCCAGGACAGUCUGCCGUACUUCUGUUCGACGGAUGCUACCCCUGAUGAUGGCUCGACGACCCCGAACCCAGUCACACUGCCACCAGGAACUUGUGAUCAGGGAUGGAAAUCAUUUGGCGGUUAUUGCUACUAUAUGCAUAAUUUCACCACGAUCAACGACGGUCAGCAUUGGGACUUAUUCAACUUUACUGACGCAAAGGCGCUCUGUGAAGGAAUGAACGCGACGCUAGCGUCGAUUCAUAGCCAGGCCGAAAAUGACUUUAUCUACGACAUGGUCGUUUCCCGGGCUGCUACAGAAGAAGAUAAGGCUUAUGGACAUCCCUGCGACUGGGCACCGGCAUGGAUUGGUAUGUACCAUCAACCAAACCCUAACAGCACCCAUUGGGUUGACGGAUCGCCUGUUGAUUAUUGUGACUAUCCUAAUGGGUGUAUUAUUGCGGAAAUGUACAAUGUCGGCUUCCUGGUUCACAAUGACCCAACCUGCUUCCCGACCCGGCCCAAGAGCUGGUUCUGGUGGGUGUUCAGGGCCCACUAUGCGCGAUAUGUAUGCAAGAAGCUGGCCACACCUAUGGCUGAUAGGAUGUUCCACGGGAUUGGAUAUGAA